AUGUAUAUGGCCAAUCGAUCGCGUUUGCCGCAGCUGCAGCUGCCCAAGUUCAGCGGAGCCUACACCGAGUGGUCAAGCUUAUAUUCAAUGUUCACUGCUGUGAUUGAUAGUGAAGCUGAUUUGACUUGUAUCGAGAAGUUGCAAAAUUUGCGAUCAUGUUUGAGCGGCAUGGCGUUGGACACCAUUAGUUCGUUGGAGAUAAACCAGGCCAACUAUACGACUGCACACAUUAAAGAGGUAUUUGGGCUGGAGCGAGCGGAUUCAUCGGUUGGCCAGCUACGGUCGAUUACGGACUCCGUCACCGCACAUCUCCGCGCGCUGGAAGCGCUGGCAACAAAGGAGGAGAUCGCCGAUUGCGUAAUCGUUCACGCAGUCGUGCAGAAGUUGGACAGGGCGACUCAAUCGAAGUGGGAAGGCUCGUCGAAUCAAGAUCUCUGGCGAGAAAUUGUCUGCCUUUCUGGACAAAAGAUGUCGUACCCUGGAAAAUGUUGA